UAAGGUUGGGAAUGAGUAUUGGUCCGCGAAGACGCACGCGCGUCGCAAACAGUGAGUCAGUGCAGCCAGCCAGUCGGUCGCAGCACCCGCUCGGGCAAACGUUCCUCGGUAUUUCGCUUGCUUUGUUUUAAUAAUUGUGUCAUACGACGAGAAAAAGGUGCCGACAUGUCGCACUCGGUGACCAUCACACGAACCACCACCACCACGAGCGGCGGCUCCGCGCUCUUCGUCAACACCGGCUACCUGCGGACGUUCCCCGGCCUGCUGAAGCUCGCUGAACUGGCACUUGGGGCGGCAUGCGUUGGCGUUAUUGGAUACUACCAUGACACCAAGGGUUACGUGCUGCAGACUCCUGAGCUCUUCUUCUUUCUGAUGGCUGUGACGUUCAUGAUCGGAACGUUUUGUCUUCUCACGGCAUGCCUAGUAUCCCUGUCCACGGCUUCUCUUAUAUCAAAGACGAUUUAUGAGGUGAUAUACCACGGGUUGGCCUGUAUCCUGUACUUAGCAGCCAGCCUCACGUUAUUGAUAGAAGUCAAUCAGCACAAAAAUGCUUACGGCUAUAGAAGCUAUUACGAGCCCUAUUUAGCCGCUUCGAUAAUGGGACUGGUUUUGUCUGCACUGUAUUUGAUCAGCACGUUUUUGGCGAAUCGUUCGUACCGUGGAAUAUAAGUCACAGGGAUAUUAUUCAGGAUUUUUAUGUUUAUACAGACAAUAGUGCGUUCCAUAACAAUCUUACUUUCUAAGAUACUCGUACCCACUAUGCCUUGCUAUGAAUGUUACUGUUAUGUUAUAAAGUUAAUAUGUAAGACAUGCAAAUUAUAGUAUGUAAAUAUUUCUUUAUUAUAGGUAUUUACACGUCUUAUAAUGUUGAAUAUUGCCGAUAUAAAUUAUAUUUAGUGUCCACUUUCGCAUAACAUAUUUAUUUAAUGAGUUAAGGUAUAAACUAACUAGUCAGUUCAAGGGUGUUCACUAUUAUAAGGGGUAAUAAAAUUACAGUGUUGUGUCGAUGACCGAUACUCUAAUCCAGAAGUCGGAAAACUUCAGUUGUUUUUUUAAAGUUAUCGCAAAUAGAUAAAACAUAAUUAUAUUAAAUUGCCUAGGCGAGAUUUAUAUUGUAUAGAAUGACUAAGUAAUAUUCUAUACAGUGACUUACAAUUUGCAACGUAAGUGUCGUUAGAUCAGCCACAUUUUUAUUCGUGAUUUAAGUAUAGAAUAGAUAUUAAAUGUUAUCCAGGCCGCAUAGCCAACGUGCCUAUCGUUCACGCUCCGUGGCGAACGAAACGCAACUGUCACAGUCACACUAAUAUGGAAGAGUGAUAGAGAGAGAUGACUACGCUACGCUACGGAGCGUUAACGAUUGUAACGUUGGCUACGCGGCCUGUCCAGAAAACAUUGCCCUGGAACAUAAAAAACACGCGGGAUAAUUUUUUAUAACUGUUUUCAUUCUUAUUUUCAGUAUUU